AUGUUUGGCCUAGGAAGCACAAAGUAUUUAUCGUUACCAAUGUUUACUAGCCUUCGACAUUCGACCGUACUCAUGACCAUGUGCUUGGAAUACGCUUUGUUAAAGUAAGAUUUGUGAUCCUAGAACCGUAUUUCUAUCUCCAGCCCGAACUCUAAUUCUAACCCUAGUUCUAGACUUAUCGACUGCUUUAGCCCUAGCUUUGACAUUAGCUCUAGGUCUAGUUAUAACUUUAGCUCUAGCACGAGCUUUAGCUCUAGCUUCAGCUCUUACUCUAGCCCCAGCCCAGUAAAAACACAAAAUCUUAUACAUUGCCGUAAAUUUCAGUACAAAGCCUAAAACAGGAACAGUAAUAAGUGUUUCAUUCAUUAUGGUGGGUGUUAUACUGGCAGCUAUGUAAGUUUUCAAAACUAUUUUUCCCAUUUACUUUUUCAUUUUCAGGUUUGACAGUGAUUGUACGCUCUUUGGGUACAUUUACAUUUGUAUCAAUAACUUUUCGACAGCAUUAAAUAGUGUUUAUAUUAAGCUUGUUUUUAACAAAGAUGUAGGUUUUCCUUGAUUUAUCAUGCGCUUUGUCUUUCAUACUGUAAAGUUGUUUACUAUGUUACAACUUUUGGCUUUUCAGCUCAUGUCAACAACAGAUAUCAUGUUCUACAAUAAUUUGUUCGCUGCGCCAUUCUUGGCCAUGGUUUGUUUUGAAAACGACGACUUUAUGUUCGUACGUUUCAAAUUAUUAUUACCUGCCCUUGAGUAUGAUCGAUUAAAAUAUAAUAUACCCUUUGGUUAAAAACAAUAAUAUUUACAUGUUAAAAAAUGUUUUAAAAAUUUACUGAACAAGUAUUUUUAUAAGAUUUAAAAUUCAGACUUGGUUGUUUUACAACUUAUCAUCACACAAAGCGGCACUGACAGUUUUGAUAUCGAUAGCUCUGUUAUCUGGAAUCUGUUUGGGGUAUUUUUCUUUUCAAUGCACCAAGUAUAAUUCAGCUUUGACUACAACAUUCAUUGGCGUCCUGAAAGUAAGGUUUUCAUAGAGGCAGUAGGUGUAGGGCUGUAGGAAUAGGGGCAGUAUUGGGUAGAAGCUGUAGGGGAAGGGGAAAAGGCAGUAGGGAGAGAGGCAGUAGGUGCAGCAUGAAGUAGGAACUGUAGGGAUAGGGGCAGUACGGGUAGGAGCAGUAGGGGUAGGAUUAGGGAUUUGCUAAAAUUGUAGCUCAUUUUUUCAGAAUGUAAUCAUAACAUACAGUGGAAUGUUCACUGGAGAUUACACCUUUAACUUGUGCAACUUCAUUGGAGUUACAUUGACCACAAUUGGAUCAUUAAUAUUUUUUGGCUCGGCAAUUAGUGGAAAACUCAAUAUACGACAACAACCUGCCAAAGUCGUCGUAUAA